AUGGAGGAUCCGCAAAGUGAGCAUCAGCGGAUGUUACGACGCCACCAUCGCGAGAAAAAGGAGCUACAGACCCAAAUCCAGGCCAUGAAGAGCUCGGUCCCUAAGAGCGACAAGGAAAAAAGAAAGCAGUUGCUCCUAGAUGUGGCCCGCCUCGAGGCCGAGAUGAAGCAGAAGCACCAGCAGGAGAUGGAGAAGUUCCAAGAGAGGUUCCCUAACAACAGUAGCCUCGAUUCUGUCACAGAAGAUAUGGCCAAGAUGAAUCUCGAGAACCAGCCUCCCCGCCUCUCGAAGGCACAGAGAAGGCGAGAAAGGAGGGCAGUCAGAGAGAGGGAGCGCCAGGAGAGGGUCGCUGAGGUCGAGAGAGAACUCCUGGCCACCUUCCGACGCGAGGAGGAGGAGAAAAUUGCGGCCAUCCUGGGGGCCAGGAAUCUGGAGAUGAAAGCUAUUCCGGUGGACUGCCACUGCAUGUACCGCGCCAUCCAAGACCAGCUGGUGUUUUCUGUGACCGUGGAAAACCUGCGUUGCCACACCGGCAACUACAUGCAGAAGCACAUCAACGACUUCCUGCCCUUCUUUAUUGACCCCGAAACCGGUAACGCCUACAGCCGCGACGACUUCAUGAGGUACUGCGACGACGUCGUGCGCAGCGAGUUGUGGGGAGGCCAGCUCGAGCUGAGGGCCCUGACGCAUGUCCUGCAGACCCCCAUCGAGGUGAUCCAGGCCGAUGCUCCCGUCCUCGUUAUCGGGGAGGAGUACUUCAAGAAGCCACUCACCCUAGUCUACCUGCACUAUGCCUGCGACCUCGGGGAGCACUACAACUCUGUGAAGCCGCUGGAGGCCGGCGCCAUCGGGGGUGCGGCUCCACUCCUCUCCUAG